AUGGAUCCCCAACAGUAUGCAGAAGCUGUUCACGACGAGGCUCCUCCACCUUAUGGAUGUCCGUACGGAUGUGAACUUCCUGCAAUGCCGCUCCACGAGCUUUCAGACAGGCUUAUGCUUGCUCCAGAGCUUGAAGGAGACCAUGUCUUCGCUGAGCUGGAAGGUCUUAUGGAGCGAACCCAGGACCACUCUCUCGAGUCUGACACGAGUCAAGCGUCGUCCUUAGAUCUUAAUGAGACCGACGAGUGCGAUGCGACUCCCGUGCGACGCUCACCUACAAAUGCCGACGCGCCAAUAUUACUGUGGGCUUUGAACACCCAGUACCACUCGGUCUCAGCGCCCAGUAUGGCCAGCGGGCGGCAAUCUCACAAGUCGUCGCCGUCGCCCGUGUCGCCUGUCACACCCGACGUCAACGGCAUUUGCUCCGCCCAAUUCUAUUCGAAUGCCAAUCGCCCCGUUAGCACCGUAUCGCCUCUUGAAAGUUUCCCACCCAACGAUUUCAAUUUGCCUAGGUCGUUUCGAAUGGACACAGACUGGAGUCAUCCUUCGUUGGAAGCUAGUCACGCGGAGUCUUUCCGGGGAAUCGCACAGCAGCCAGCAAAAGGUCUUGAUGGGCGACAAGAUGGCCCGCUAGGAUCUUCGGUACCGUUUGGUCUUGCAAACCAUGAGUCGCACGUUCCCGGUGUCCAAUCACCACCUGCACUAGGCCAGUGCUUGCCGGAGCUGCGUUCGCAGCGGCAUGACGCCACCGGUAUCCGCUUCGCUACCUACGAACUCUCCGAGCACCAGGAAUGGCAUUUUCGUGGCGGAUAUGAACGAGAUGCUGCUAAAGAUGAAGACAUCAAACGUCAGGAAUCCACAUCUCAACAACCCGAAUCACUGCAGUACGCCCAUCGCUUUGGAGGAAACCAGGGACCGCCUACCAACUUCGUUGAGCUUGAGGAUUAUCAAUAUCCUCAAUCCUGCGAAGUUCUGAAACAGAACGGGAAUGAUGCUCCGCUAGAGCAUUGCAAUAAGUGUGGCAAAACGUUUCGAGGCAGGUAA